GCCGCAGCCCCAAUCAAUCGGAGCCGAGAACUGCUGUUUACUGUGGAGAUUAAAGUACUGAGAUCUGUCACGGCGAUAAAUAUCGUGGAACAUCGGUGAUUGCACCUGUAGAAACAGAGGGAUAAAUCGUACAAUCUGAUCCCCCGUGAUUGAAUUAUCAGCAUCAUCCUUGUAGCCGCAUUCUGUCCCUGGAUUUUUUUUUGUUAAUUUUGGAUGUUUUGCUAGUUUUGGAGUUUUGCUAUUCCUGCAUAUUUCCUUUCUUGGAUUUUAGCUUAUCCAAUAUUUUCGCAGUAGGAAAUAACGUUUUACUCCAUCGAGCCGGAAAACGCAGCUGAAUUUUGCACCCGCUUUCGGCAAGGACUUGUCUUGCAUUAGUCGUGCAAAAUGAAGAGAAUACUACAAAUUGCAAAGAGGAAGGAAAAACCGUCUUUCAAAACUUGUGACACUUCAAGUGAAAUACGUGUAGGUUAUGAAUUGAAAGAGAAAGAUUUGGGAAAACUACACAAAGCUGCUUCUGCUGGAGAUUUGAACAGACUUCGGCAGCUCAUUAAGAAAAAGGAUGUUAAUCAACUGGAUAAACAAAAUAGAGCACCACUGCACCUUGCAUGUGCAAAUGGACAUGCUGAUGUAGUUGCUUUGCUUGUUGAAAAUAAAUCAAACCCGAACAUUUGUGACAACGAAAACCGCUCUCCUUUGAUGAAGGCAGUGCAGUGUGAACAGGAACGUUGUGUAGUUAUCUUACUAAGCCAUGAUGCUGAUCCUAAUCUGGUGGACAUUAAUGGAUAUACUGCUCUGCAUCUUGCUGUCCUGAUCCCCAACAUCACUUUGGUAACGCAUUUGCUGGAGUAUGGGGCACACAUAGAUGCCCGAGAUAAGAAUGGAUAUACUCCUCUGCUGUUAGCAGCUACUAGGAACCACCAAAAAAUGGCAAAAUGUCUUCUUAAAAAGGGUGCUGAUGUGAAUGCAAAGGACAAAACUGGGAAAACUACCCUGAUGAUUGCUGCAAGAAAUGGACAAAUUACCUUAGUUAAGCUGCUUCUACAUUGUGGUACAGAUGCUUCUUUAAAAGAUGAUAAUGGACGGACAGCUGAUGAUUAUGCACUUACGAAUAGACAACAUGCUUGUUCUCAUCUAAUCACUGAACAUCAUACAAAAAAGAAACAUCGGUCAUCACGCUUUAAAUCAGGAGCGAUGAAAGAGAUGCCCAGUAGAUCAGACCAUUCUGCUGAAGUAAACUUGGGAUUUGGAGAACCAGCCAUGAAUAAAGAGAUGAUAGGUGAUAUUUCUCUGACAGAAUCUUUCAGUGGGGAGUCAAAGAGUGCUGUAAAUUCCUGGUUGUCCUCAGAUGAAGAAGAUAAUGUGCCAUGUUCUUCCAAGACAAUCCAGAAGUUUAAUUUGACCAACUUGCUAAAUUCUUCACAGCGAAACAAGGAAAACAGUACUGAAGAGGCCACAUCUGGCAAAACCCAUCUCAUGGACAAUUUGCAACCAGUUAAAUCGGAUAAAGUUAGGGUGGAAAAGUUAGAAGAUGACCAUCAAGAUGAAGAAGAAACAUUUGAGAGUAGUGGUUCAUUAGUCCAGUCCAGGAAUUGUUCUCCUGUAACUGUUGGCUGUUCAUUCAGUUUUCCUGUAGAAAAUCAUUUAAAUUCUACUCCAUCAAAAGACAACAAAGAGGGCAUGUUCUUGGAAGAGGAGGAGGCCCAGCCUUUAAAAGCUUGUUCCAAAAGGUCAGAACUUGAAGCAAUGCAACCUUUUGAUUUUAGUGAAACUUCUGCAUUUCAAGAACAAAAGACUUCAUGCAAAAUAAAUAGAAGAGACCUACUGUUGGAGCUGGGUUUGGAAGAGUCGGAGGUGGAAGCAGACACAGAAUCUCUUAAGGAUUCUGAGUCCAUCUCAGAAGGCUCGGGGGACGAAUCUAUUGCUUCAUCUGGUAUCCUAGGCCAAAGGAAUAUUAAGAUGAACCAGAAUGAAGAUGCAGUAGAUGACUCAGACUGGGACUCUGAAAGUAGUUCUGUCAAAACGCCAAAAAUGAACCGCCAAACUGCUUCCCGAGGGGAGACGUCUCCAACUGAGGAUGGAGGUAAUGAAAAUAGAAAGAAUUAUGAAGGGAAAGCUGAGGUUAUAGUAGCAAAAGAAAAUAUGCAGCAACUUAACGUAAUGCAUACCGAACAGUUGCUGCCCGACUUUGUGACAGGUAUGCACAAGGUCACACCAGCAGAACCCAUUCUAAAUAAAGGCAAAACAGGAAGUCCUCUUUCAGAAGGGAACAACUUGGGCUCAAAUGAGGAGGAAUAUGAAAAUCAACAUAAUCAAGAGAGGCCAAUCAAACAAGAUCAUUUAUCUUUCAUGAAUGUGUUACCUGCCUUUGAAGAUAGUUCUGCAAGUGAGAUAUCACGAGAUGAAGAGAAGAAAAACUUGGGCUCAAAUGAGGAGGAAUAUGAAAAUCAACAUAAUCAAGAGAGGCCAAUCAAAGAAGAUCAUUUAUCUAGUGAGAUAUCCCGAGAUGAAGAGAAGAAUAACUUGGGCUCAAAUGAGGAGGAAUAUGAAAAUCAACAUAAUCAAGAGAGGCCAAUCAAACAAGAUCAUUUAUCUGUAAUGAAUGUGUUAUCUGCCUUUGAAGAUAGUUCUGCAAGUGAGAUAUCCGUAGAUGAAGAGAAAGCUCGCAAAGCCUCUUCAAAUGAAAUGAACAGGAAAGCAAUGAAUAUUUCUGAUGACCUGAGUAAUCUCACACAGUUGUUUGAUAGUAGUGAAAGCGACUCAGAAUCUUCUGAUCUCAUGCACACGAUUAAGGCUCAAUUAUUCCAAAUUGAUGUGGAGACGAUAGACUCGGUAAGUUUACUGAAAAUCGAAAAUAUGGUUCAGGAAUAUGAAAGAGAAUUGAAACGAAAAAGGAAAGAUUAUGCCUUGCUCGCAAAGCAAGUGAAAUGUCUAGCGAAUGAGCGUAAAGAACUCGGUCAAAUAUUGAUGGAAGCUGGAGAUAAGAAAUUGACACUGGAGUAUAAAAUAAUGGAGAAGGAUCUUGAAGUUAAAUAUUACAAUUUCAGGAUGAAACAAGAGAAGGAGAAACGGAUAACUGCAGAAAUGUUGUUAGAAAAGAGCUGUGAAAAUCUUCAGAGAAAGGAAUCCCAGUAUUGUGAAGAAAUCCAAGCAAAACAUAAGUCUGAACAAAUGUUAAGAAACCUGGAGAUAGAAAGGGACACAGUGAUGAUCAAUCUGAAAAAGCUGAGUGAAGAAAACAAAGAGUUGCAAAUCCAAUUAAACCAGGAGAAAGCAAAAUGUGAAGAGAUUCUGAACAGGCAUCUGCACAAUCAGCAAAAGAUUGUUGAAGAAAAUAAUACGACUGUACAGGAAAUAGAGCCCCUUGCUCAAUGCGACAAUCACCACAAUGAAGAAGCACUGAUGGAACACAAUUGUACACUACAGCAGGAAGUUACUGUGCUCAAGCGUGAAUUGAAAUAUUUGUGUGAACACCAUCAAGAGGAACGGGAAAAGUAUAUGGAACAGAUUGAGACUUUAAAAGUAGAGCUUGAAGAUACAAAGAAGGAUUUAAGAAGUAGUGAAAAUAACCUAACUCAAACAAACUUACAGUAUAAUAGUCAGCUGAAUGCCAUGAAAAGUGAAGUUUUAUUGCUGACUUCCAAACUUGAACUUCUUGAGACACAAAGAAAAGAUCAACAGAAUGAGAAGGAAUCUAUUCUUUCACGUUUGAAUGCAACAAUUCAAGAACUGGAAUGUAGUCAGAAGGCCAACUGUGAAUUUAGACAAAUACUUCAAAGAGAACGUGAUGAAUGGGUUCAUUUAGAUGAAAAAAGAAAUAAUGAAAUAUCUAAUCUUCGUGCAAUCAGUAAGAAAAUGUCACAUAAAUUAACUAAAGAGGAAAGAAAAGCCAAUGAUUUAGACAAGAAACUUCAUCAUGCUAAACUUUCUCUUGCUGAGAAAAACUGUAUGCUUGAAAGUGUUCAGAAAGAACUGAGGCAGUUUCAGGAGCAUGUAACUGAUCUAGAAAAAACAAAUAAAGUGGAAAAAGGACAGUUAAGCAAACAUGAAGUUUGUCUGGUAUCUUUACAAGAGAGACUAGCCCAAGCUCAUAGUGAAAUUACACUGUUACGUCAACAGCUCGAAGAUGCACAAAAUAAAGUUAUAAUGAAGGAAAAGGUGGUUACUGAUGUUCAGGACAAAUUCAGUAAUAUACUUGCUACACUGCAAAAAGAUAGUGAGCAGAGGAUCAGUUUGUUGGAGAAAAGAAAUGAGGAGUUGUUGAACAAGAACAUGGAACAAAGCGAACAAAAAAGCAAAUAUGAAAAUGAAAUAGAUGUAAAAGAGGCUUCGUUCAGACAGCUUCAACAGGAUCUCGCUGAUUCACUGAAAAAACUUUCUAUGUCAGAGGCCUCUUUGGAAGUGGUCACACGUUCUCGCAAUGAAAUAGAGUGUGAGAAAAAUCAUUUACAGAAGCAAUUGCAUAGAUUGAAAAUUAAGUUAGAGGAGAACAAAGACAAAAAUGUGCAAUCAAAAAGGGAAAUUCAGCAAUUGGAGAAUGCUUUGAAAGAGAAAGAAUAUGAGAUUGCAGCCUCCCAGAAAAUUCAAGAAGCCCUUUCAACCUCCUCACAAAGAAAUGAGGCUAAAAAGCAUCUCGAAGAUCAGAUUCAGCGGUUAGAGAUAGAGAAUGCAGAAUUAAAAGCUGCUGCAAAAGAGCAAACAAACAAAGCUGAGUUAUUGGAGAAGGAAAUUAAAGAGUCCCAGUCAGUUCAUGCUCGUUUGGAAGACUUAAUAACAAAUUUGCAAGGGUUAAAGGUUAACUUGGAAGAUCAACUCAGUCAAGAGCAACAAAAUGCAAAAGAUUCACAUCAACAGUUGGAGGAAGAACUGAAAUCUCGAUCUAAACUUGCCCUUCGACACGCUCAGUUGGAAAAAGUUAAAAAAGAGCUAUCAGACCAGGUUGAACUUGAAAAGAAAAGAGUAAAGAAGCUUGUAAAGAUUAACCAGUCAGUUAGAACUAGACUGAAACAAGAAAUACGAACGAACAGCGAACUCCAAAGAGAAUUAUACCGAAUGAGAACACUCUUGAAGACUACCAAAAAGAAGCUGAAACAAAAUGAAGUUAGACUGAUCGACUCCCAUAUCAACGGAAAUGAAGAACCGGACAAUGAGCAAAAUGAAACAGCAGACACUGUUAGCACACUAAAGAGGAAGAUUCAUGAAUUGUCCCACCAACUUGAAGGAGAAUCUGCAAAAUGCAAGCAUCUGAAAUCAACAAAUGAAGAACAAAUCAAGGCAAUGCAUUUUCUACAAAAGAGUCAUGAUCAUCUAGAGCAAAAGAAACAGCAGCUAGAGGAGGAAAUAUUGCACUUGAAAACUCAGGCUGAAACUCAAAGCAGUUACUUGAAGAGCUACAAGAAGAAAAUGAAGAAAGAAGCUCGGAAGGAAGUAAUACAGAAAAUGGAAGAAGUUAAUACAUUUUUGAAAAUCCAUCAAGUCUCCAGUGAAACUUUGGAGGAAAUUAAAGCUUCAAAUGAGCUUUCAUCUAGAUAUGAACUGGAACAGAAAAACAGAGACCUAGAAUGGGAGCUGAAUAAGUUUAGAACUUCACAACAAGAGACUCUGAAACUUAAAGGACCUGCAGAGAAGGAAAUUCAAAGAAACAAAGAGUUGCAUUCACUACAACCUAAACCAUGUGAAUCCAUUGCAGCACAGCUUAAUGGAUCCAAUGAAAGGUUAGCAGAAGGCACAACUGAGCUGCUUAAAGAACACUUUUGUUCGAAAUCAUUGAUUGGUGAUAGCUUUAGAAUUGAAAGUUUAACCACAUGGGCUCAGAAUGGGAGCCAUCUGCAAAGUAGAUUGGGUAAUGGUAGUGGCUUGAGAAUUUCCCAUAGAGAUAUAGGAAGUAACUUAAAUCGAGAAGAGGAUGAACUGCUUCCCAGCAGAAAAGUAGAGACGUACCUUUCUGAGAUGCGGGAUGAAUUGAGGAAAGGUAUUAACAAAGAACUUGCUCAAGCCUAUGCCGACUUGGAUGAUGUGUGUUCACAUAUCUCACCCAUGGGAUCUACUAGUUCCUCCCUGACAAAAUCAAACCAAAUUCAGGAUCCUCUAACUACAAGCAUAGCACAGUACCGGAAAGUUUUAAAGGACAAUCACCAGAUUUGAAUUGCACCAUAUAUUUAAUAUUAAGAUCCUGAAUAAAGCAGGUCAGAAUUACAUAUUGUAUGUAUUCAUCCAGUAAGUUUGUUAGUAAUAUCAGUACAUUAGUUAAUUGAUUAAAAUAUUAAAUUUUAUACUUCUGCAAAUUUUUGCUCAGGAAUAUUUUUAUGUAAACUACUCUACAGGACUUAUUUUUAUUGUUGCAGAUAAUGCAAUGCCAAUACUGACAGAACUGUUUCUUAUAACUAUUAACAUUCAUUAUCUGAAUAAAAAACAUCUCAUCAAAGUGCAUCUUAAUCACAAACUGUUCCAAAACGGAGUUUGUAAAUAAUACCUUGGUAAAAUUGCCAUAUGCUUGGUGUUUAUUCCAUUGUCACACUGUAUUUAUUCUACACUAGUUUACCUUGUGAAAUAGUGCCAAGAUUUUAAGAACUUGCUUUCGUACAUGGUGCAAAGGCAUUGCACUGUACAAGUUUUCAAAGUAAAUAUGAAUGUUUUGUUAUAUCAUACAAGAAUUUAUUUAGUAUAGGAAGUUUAAUAUUUUGAGAAUGUAUGAUCACAAUAAUACUACAAACAAGCCAGUUAUUUUUAAACCCAUCUGCUUAUAACUUUGUCUUUAAAUGCAGCCUCUAAUCAGUCAAGUAAAAUAAGUAUCAUCAAAUGGACCUAAGAAUUUUAAUUAACAUUUUCUAUACUCAUGUGAUGGUUUGAUUAUUCCAUUCAAAAAACCUCAUUCCAUUAUUUCUGAACCUCAUGCAAUAUAUUUUGGUGGAAAAAAAUUGCUCACAGAAUUGGCUCAGUUAUCAAAAUUAAACAAGUUUAAUAAAAUUCACCGGUUCUUAUAUAAAUGGAUCCUAUUGAAAAACAUUUAAUUCCAUGUAAGUAGCAUUUCCAUUUUAUUGACAGUUUUUAAAUUCAUUGUUUUUGUUUACAUCCAUCCACUGAGUCCAACAUAGAGGCAGCAUUAUUGAGAUGGUGCCAUCUACUGGAAUACCUGCGUCUAGUAAACUGGUGCUUUCAAAAUGCCACUGGCUGCAGCGGACCUAUCUACCUCAGAAGUGAUGACCCCCAUUAUAAAAGUGUUAAUUUGUAAAAGUUGAUCAAGCACAACCACCAGCAAGUGUGUCUCCCUUCUCUCCUUUAACCCAUCCAUACCAAUAUCACCCCUGGUAUUUCCAAUGUCCUGAAAAUGGUGACACUGAAUUGUGUAAAUACCCAAUACAACAUCCUCCUUAACCUUUUGCAAUAAUGUUGAAAUGAGGUUUAUGUUAACAAAAAAAAUCUUUACAAGUGAUUAAAACUAUACUUAUACUUGCAUUGAGUGUUCAUUUUGGUGGAUUCACAAAGCAAAUCAAAUUUAUACAAUUGGUACAAUGUGAACUAGAGACUCAGUUUAUUAUUCACUCUUGUCUGAAUAAAUAAAAUAUUUAUAAAAUUCUCUGGGUAUAUUUAAAGUAUAAAAUCUUAAUUUCAUGAAUAUUUAAAUAUGAUGCAUUUCCUUUAAAAUUAUAAACAAAUUCAUGUCUUGUUGCUGCCACAUUCUCAAUUUUUCCAUUACGUUUACUUUCUACCAUUGGCAAAUUAAAAUGCCACAUUUUCCUGCAUUUGUUUAUUUUCCCUUGUGCUUUCAAGGGAGAAAGACUGUCGUUUGGUUCUGUGUGCAGUUUAGAACUUUAUUUGCUUUUCCACUUUUUUCAACUAAAGUGAUUGACUUCACAUUUUUCCAUAUUAUUCCUUCUCUCAUUUCACACCAUUAGUCCACCUGUGUGACUUGAGUCUAUAUACACUCUCUAUAUACUUUCAAGUCACGCAUCCAACUUUUUAGUAUCGGCAUUCUGUUUGUGUUACAAGUGAUCCUCUUGUCAAAAUCAUUUGCUGAGACCUUUGUGUUUCUGCAUGGAUACAGCAUUGAUUCCUGCAGCGACACAUUUAGGGAAUGGGAGCACAGCUACGUGGUUGUGGAACAUGUAAACUUCACACAGCAGGUCAGCAAUGAACUUGGGUCCUUGGUACCAACUGUGACAUCCCUAUGCCUUCAACAGAAACCUAUGUCACCCACUCCAAACUUUGUGACUUGAAUUCAGCUGAUUGUAUUGACCCAUUUUCACACAACUUACACAGCAAUCCAUAUUUUUUUUAUACACAAACAACAGGAAUUCUGCAGAUGCUGGAAAUUCAAGCAACAUACAUCAAAGUUGCUGGAGAACGCAGCAGGCCAAGCAGCAUCUAUAGGAAGAGGCG